AUGCAACUAAUGUUGGCGCUCGUCACAAUGGUCCCCUUACUUGUAAUAUCUCUACGGUGCUAUAAUGGAAGUGAAGGAUCAGUGGUCGCAGUUAAUUCGCACACCUCCAGGAUGUGUGUAUAUGAAACUAACCGUCCAUGCGAAUUUAAACAGCAACCAGUAAGUGGCUCCAAUUACCGAAUGGUUUCCUUUACUUCAGAGUACGCCAAAGGUUGUUACAACAAAAAUAGUCGCGCAGUUUGUUAUUGCACUUCAACAUUAUGUAAUGGAAAUUUCAAACUUAUAUUGGAACAUUGGAAGAGUACACCACAUCCUAAUAAAAUGGAGUACGACUGCGUCAAAGAAUAUCUAAAGAAUAAAAAGAAUUUGGAGCUCCCAAAAACGACAGAGACUGUUACAAAUUCAACAACAACAAUUCCCGAAAAAUUAUUGAAGAGUACUACACAUCGAAAUACGACCACGAAGAAACAGACAUCAACAACAUCGAAAUUCAAAUCCUCAAAAAAAGUAGAGAACAAGACUGUUGUUCCGAAAACGUCCUACAAGCAUAGUACUCGAAGAAGGACAACACUUAAAAAACGAACACUAUCAACUAGACGACCCAACACUCAGCCACUUCAAACACCUUUUAUAAAGCGGGACACCACUACUUUGGAAAGAAGAAUCGGAGUUACAUCAAAGAAGACCCAUUCACCUCUUCCCGUUAAAUUACUCGCCUAUGGUGUGUUGAUAGUGGCCGCUGUUGUCCUCCUCUGCCUACUGCUUCCUGUGCUAGUUGCAUGUGCAUUAGUUAAGGCUCGUCAAAAUGCUGGAAGAAACAGUCCACAAUUUGCACCGAAAUUUGAUGAAAGACGUCGAUCGCGCAGCAUAAUCGCAAAAUCAACUAUGCCAGUUGCAUCACAAAUGAGAACAGAAAGAGAAUAUACAAAAACUCUGGAUUCAACUAUGUCGAAAGAAGAACGUAAAAGUGUGGAAAAGAGGAAGAUAAACUCUACUUCGAAAGAAGGAAGCAGAAGUACCGAUGAUGAAAAAACUACUUCAAAAGAAAUAAGGAGUACGGAAGAGAAGAAGGUGAAGGCCGUGUCAAAAGAAGGAGGGAGAAGUACGGAAGAGAAGAAGGUGAAGGCCGUGUCAAAAGAAGGAGGGAGAAAUCGACGUACGACUAUGGGAAGUUCGUCAGAAAAGCUCACGUUACCCAAGCAAAAAGAGAAGGAGAAAGCAAAGAAAGAAAGUAAGCAGAAAAACACGACUGGAAGAAGAACAAGCAGUCCCAUGCCAGCGUAA